AUGUGGGACCAACCAUACAAGAGUAGCCGAAGCCAUGAGAAGCAGAGCAACUACUACCGUGCAGCACCGAAAUAUAGUAGCCAAGUUCCUCGUGAUUACCGGGAUACCCAUCUUUCAUCAGACUACAUCUCCUCGCCCACCGAUUCGAGCUUUGACUACAUCACCCCACGCCGUGGAUCUUAUGAGAAUUCACCUCCCAAUUAUAGGCAAUAUGUAAACCGGGCCAUGGAUUACGACCACACUGCGCAGCCGGGACGGAGCAGGGAUGGGAAUGGUUUCUCACAGCCUCGUCCGGGCUACCAACCACGACCGUCUCGGCGGCCACAUAGGACCCGAUCCCAAGAUUCAGACUACAUAGCACAGGAUUCCCAGUCUGACGAUGAUUACAUAGCCUCGCCUGAAGUAAAGAGGAACGUUCGGGCGGAUCGUAAAUCAAGCUACGAUGACCGGUACAGCGACGAUUCCCUGGGGCAAGGCUCACCAAUCCACAACUCUUCAUCAAGGAACUACAGUGAAAGUCCACCUUCAGACUAUGCUCCGCACCACGAAACGCGGAAUGCGCAGAAGAUCAAGGCAGGCUGGGGCGAUAGCGUCUCUCACACGCAAAGCCAAAGCUUGAACCCUCGAGAGCAUGACAACUAUCGUGAAGCAAAGCAAUUUCUCGAACGCUACACCAAGCUCCACACCCAUACUGCGGAUCGGUCCGACACCGAAUCCUACAGUACCGGCGAUAGUAGCCCAGCAAAUCGCCAAGAUAAAUCUUACAGGCAAUAUCCAAACCCUCAGCAAGAUGAUGAGGUUUACCACGCGCCAAGUCGAGACAAUUACCGAGAAAGGCACCAUAACCAGCGUGCUCGUUCGAGGCAUACGAGCGACUAUUACCACCGGCCUGAGGACAAUGAUGAUGACGACGACUACAACCAGCGCAACCGCUUUGAACCUCGCACAAGGAAUCUAGACCCCCGGUACAAUGACCGGCCCGGCUCAUUCUACUCAGACGCCGACGACCAGCAUACGAGCACCUUCUCAGCUCCUCAUCCCUUGAGACAUGUAGACCGCUCCUCCAACCGGCCCGGCUCCGUGUACUUGGACCGCAAAGACGAUACUCACGCCGCCACCGCCUACUCAGAUAUAGCUUCUCGACCCAGUACCUCGCAUUCCGACCGCUUGUCACGCGUCCCCACAGCCGUUGACUCUGAAAACUAUUCUUCACCGCCCCCUGCAGUACCUUCACCACCGUUGUAUCGGCGGCAGCAGCGGCCGAGUGGUAGUGAUUACGGUGCCAUGCCCGGCGCAUGGGGAGGCAGAAGCAGAAGUAGAAGUAGGAGUGCGUAUGCAUCUGAAAGGAGCACAAGAAGUAGGAGUCCCUACGCGUCUCCUUCUAGACGGAGUAUACACACCAGGAAUAGAAGAAUGAUUGGGAGCUAUAGGAGCGAUAGUGAUGAGAACGGCGUAGCGGAGGGGGAUGACUACCUCCCUAGCGACAGCGACGACGAUCGUAUCAGUGUGGAUGAUGGAGGGCGGAGCGAUGUUUGUGAGAAGGAUAGUUGGGCGGUAGGGAUGCAGGAGGAUACACAAGUGAGGGUGUUGAGAGUGGUGUUGCUGGAGGAGGGUCUUAUCGUGGAAGGUGGUAAUGGGAACGUAGUGCAAGAAGAAGGUGGCAAUAUGAAUCUUGAGGAAAGGAUAUAG